CUCAAUGUCCCAAUCAUCUAAAAAUCCCAUUCUGUCUCCCGCUCCAUCCCGAUUGCUCCGUCCUCAAUGUACUAAAACACGAGUACACCAGACAAGCAGUACUUUUCAAUGCCCCCACUUCUAAACGUACUGCAACUUUAGUAGGAGCAGCAUGGCCUCCCGUCCCACAACUGCUUCAGCACGGCCGAUUAGUGCCACCAGUAAAAAACCAGGCAAACAUGUUGAGGAUCUGCUUGUUUCUGAUACUUUUACCCGCGAACUCCCCGCUGACCCCCUAACGCCCUUGGAUGGACCCGCUUUAACUCAAUCAAGCGGAGACGGCACAGACCAAGACGGAACACAUCCCUCACUCCGAACACCUCGACCCGUUCGCAAUGCAUUUUUCUCCUUCCUGAGACCGGUGCCCUGUCCUGAUGCGAUCCUUAUUGCGCAUUCACCGCCUGCUUGUCAGAUAUUGGAUUUGGACUCGGAGGAGGUCCAUCGACCGCAGUUUACGAGCUAUCUAACUGGGACGACGCUCCUACCUCGUGCGAAACCAUGGGCAAAGAAUUAUGGGGGGCAUCAGUUUGGGAUUUAUGCUGGGCAGUUGGGAGAUGGGCGGUGUAUAUCACUUUGCGAAGUCGUUAAUGCCAAGAAGGAACGAUGGGAUAUACAGAUUAAAGGAUCUGGUAUAACACCCUAUUCGCGGUUUGGAGACGGUUGCGCCGUGUUUCGAAGCUGUCUGCGCGAGUUUCUCUGUUCAGAGUAUAUGGCUGCAUUGGGUGUCCCCACCACAAGAGCUUUAGCCCUCUUUGCGACCAAAGCACCUGUUUACAGAGAAGAUGUUGAACCCGGUGCAAUGCUCGUCCGGUUGGCGCCCACCUGGAUCCGUUUUGGCACAUUUGAGCUCUUUCACUAUCGAAAUGAAAAGGAACGAGUCAAAGAAUUGGCGGAUUUUGUUGUAAAGCAUCAUUUUCCGGAUCUCGAGUCUCCCGUGAAGGAUGCUGAUAUGGAUGAUGAGGCGAAAACGGUUUCGGUAACUGGGUACAAGCACCCACCAACUCAGGAAAGCUUGACUACCAUCGAUGCACGAACCCAGACACCUUCAAAACCGGAAGGGCAGAUCAUUGAGUUUGAGCUGAACAAGUAUGCAAGACUGUUCCAAAGAGUUAUAAAGCGGACAGCUGUUUUAAUUGCUCAUUGGCAAGCUAUUGGGUUUGUCCAUGGAGUCUUGAAUACGGACAACAUGUCGAUUCUAGGAAUAACGUUGGAUUAUGGUCCGUUUGGUUUCCUCGAUGCAUAUGAUCCGUACUGGUCUUCCAAUGCUGCAGACAAGCAAGACCGCUACCGCUUUGAACACCAACCCAAAAUCGCCAUGUGGAAUCUCAGCAAGCUCGGUCGAACUCUGGCGGAAUUGAUGACGCUGCAAAACGGUGCUCAGGGCAGUCUUGGAUCCCGGAAAGGGCCAGACGAGAAACAAGAAUUCCAUGUGAAGGGUGAGGAGAUUGUUCGAGAGCUGUUGAAAGAGUUUGAACCGAGUUUUGUGCAGCAUUACACUGACCUGAUGCGAAAGAAACUCGGUUUUCAAAGCACCCAACCGACCGAUUUGAAUGCUCUUAUCCUUCCCCUCCUCCAACUCCUUUCCGACGCCCAGGCCGACUACACAAUCUUUUUCCGCGCCCUUUGCAACUUUCGAUGCAGUGACGCAGGGUUUGCCUCCUGUACCGCCUGGGAUCCUUCUCAUCCCAUCAACACCAAAAAAGCGACCACAGACUGCCUUAUUCACCUCCUCACAUCCACGGAAAGACUCCACCGGCUCGCAAACCAGGGCCUGCAGAGUGGGACCCCUGCUGCCAGCGUGAGCGAUUUGGACGCGAGCAUGACAGGUGCAUUUGGUACCACCGAUCGAAAAACCGAAGGACAACGCAAGUCAACGUCAGCCAAGCAACACAUGGAUGAAGAUGAGCCGCCCACCCUGGAGGAAAUCGCGACCCGAUGGAAAGAUUGGGCAACAAACUAUCGAUCCCGCCUCCUGUCAGAUGCACCAAAGGCAACCCCAAUGACCGGAAAGCCCCUUUCCGCUGAUCUGGAAGAUAUACAUCGCAUGAACCGGAUGAAAAAGGCUAACCCACGCUACGUUCUCCGGGGAUGGAUUGCGGAGGAAGUGAUUGACAAGGUACAAAAACAUGUGCCUGUUCUGGAUGUGCCUGCUUUACCACAAGGUGCCAAGCCUGUUCGUCCGGUACCUCCAAAGCCCAUCCAGACGGACGACGCGUUUUUAGAGAUUGAACGCGUGCUGAGGGUGUUGGUGCAGGACCUGUGGGGUGACAUUGCCGAUUCAAAUUCGGGAUGGAGGGACGAUGACGACCGGAAUGCUGCGGAGAGGUGGGCAGGGCAAGUACCUGAGUGGGCGUUAAAUCUAGUUCAAACGACCAUGUCUUGAGCUUUUUCAAUAUGCUUUGAUUGUAUAUACUCUUUACUAGUUUGAAUUCAUCUCUUCCUUUCCCCAUAUGGGCCAAUAGCAUUUAUUGUUAUGGUUCUCGAGGA